GUUUUCUCCUUCUGCCUGGGAAGUCCGCAAAGCGGUUGGAAUGCUUACGAUCUUCUUCUGUUUUGGCCUUUUGGGUGUUUCCUUGAAAGGAGUUGUGCUUCUGCCCUGUAGCCAUUGAAUUCCAUGACCAUCUGAUCUCAUCGGAUUCGUCUUCUGCUCAAUCCAGUUCUUCCAUUGAAGUAGACGAAUUGGGUUUUAGGGGUUGAAGAAGGUGGCCUUUCAGCCAUGUUCAAGUCAUUCUGGGAUUCACAAGAGCGACAAGAAAGUCCCUCCACACCAAAUAGUUCUUCCGGACUCGGCACAAAAAGAACUUCAGAUCAUCCAUGGUCUUCCUCUCAUGUGCGUUGCACGCCUGCUGAAGCAGAAGGAAUAGUUUCUAGCUUGAAGAAUAUUAAAAACGCCAAUGACUUUCAGAAGCUUCUAAAUGACAAGGAUGUGUACAAUGCCUUCCUUCUUUCAAUUGAUCAAUUGAAAAUUCAAAACAAUCAAUGGGAUGAACUUAGAAAGGAGACCACACAGCUUGCGAGGGAGAAUUUAGAGAAAGAACCUCAAAUUUUGGAGCUUAGAACUCAGUGUAGGAUCAUCAGGACAACUGAGCUUGCUGCUGCGCAAGAGAAGCUAAAUGAACUGGAGAGGCAAAAGGAUGAAUACCUGAGGUUCUAUUCCCCCUCGAUGCUCCUCCAGAGGAUGCAAGGUGAAGAAGAAUAUGCAAUGAUUUUAAGACGGAUGAAUCUGUGUGACUUGUCCAAGUUGACUUGGACCUGGUUCGACACCAUGGGUCACCCGGACGAGCCAGGCCGAUCCACCCCUGACUCAGAUGCAAUGAAUAAAGCAGGAGUAGAAUCUGAAAUCCUUCACAGGCAGCUCAUUGACAAGGAGAUUGACCUUGCAUCUUUUGUGGAGAAGUACAAGAAACUGCGAACGAUCUACCACAGGCGGGCACUCCUCUAUCUUGCUGCAAAGACAUCCUCCGGAUGAGCAAAGGUUACCACCAGUUCUUAUGGUACAUUUUCUUGUAUAAAAAUGGUAUAUUGCUGAGAAGUUUGCUCGAAUACUUUCCUAUGUAUUACACUAUGAUAAGUUGGGGCUUUAGCCGUUGGAAUUGGGUUUUGUUUAAAUGAUUAGAUGUUUAGUGAAUAGACUGUCGAUAUCAUAAUAAAGAAGAUCCAUUCAUUAA